UUCUCACACCACAACUCUCUUCCCAUUUUUUCCCAUUUUACCAACCAUAACGUCUCUCUCUCUCUCUCUCUCUCUCUCUCUCUCUCUCUCUCUCUCUCUCUCUCUCUCUCUCUCUCUCUCUCUCUCUCUCUCUCUCUCUCUCUCUCUCUCUCUCUCACAUGAGCCUUUCAUUUGAUGAUGAUGAUGAUGAUAUAAAGUCCUAGCUUCACAACCUUUUUCUUUUGCACUCUUAUGACCUUAAGUAUUAUCAUUUUUCCUACUAUAAGCUCCAAUUAUGUCAGAUCACAUCACUCAUGAAGAUCAAAACCAAACCACUACUAGGGUUUUAGAGAGUCGAAGAAAAAGUGCUACAUCAUCAUCAUCAUCAAAGCGCGCUACUAUCACCUCAUCAUCACCAUCAUCACUAUUGUCGCUUCCACCAGAUCAUCGUGAUCUGGGGGAGGCAGCUACUGCUACUGUUGUUGCUGGUACUAUGACAACAACAGCACCGCCAGCUCCUUGUGGUGCUUGCAAGUUUUUAAGAAGGAAGUGUGUUAGUGGAUGCAUCUUUGCACCGCACUUUGGAUCUGACCAGGGUGCAGCUCGGUUUGCAGCCGUGCACAAAGUGUUUGGUGCUAGUAAUGUGUCGAAGCUGUUGUUGCAUAUUCCUAUGAAUAGGAGACAUGAUGCUGUUGUUACUAUUUCUUACGAGGCUCAGGCGAGGCUAGCUGACCCUAUAUAUGGAUGUGUCUCUACUAUACUCGCUUUACAACAACAGGUGGCAUCGUUGCAAUCAGAAUUAGCAAUGGUGCAGACUCAAUUGAUGAACAGUAGAUUUGCAUUUGCAAAUGCAAUUCAAAACUCACAACAACAGGAGCAACAACAACAUCAUCAACAACAACAGCAUCAUCAGUUGCAACAACAUAAUGUUGGGAUGUUGCAGCCUGCCUACUCUAACAACUCCUCAACCUCGAACAAUAACCUCAUCAACAUCACAAAUUUCCCCUCCAAUUUCGAUCUUGCAGCGACUGCUGCUACCACAACCCUUUCUUCUCAGAGUUUAGAGCCUCUCCAACUUUCUCGACCUUCAAACGACGAUGAGGAGGAGGAGGAAGAGAGUCAGAUUCCCCAUAUUUUCCAUAAUGAAAUGCUUCACCGUAGCUAAUAUAUUCAGAAUAUAAUUAAAUUAAAAUAUAUAAUAAUUAUAUGUUGUUCAAAAUCUCAUAAUAACUAGUAUCUUUCAACUUAUAUAAAACUCUAGCCUCUUUUAAUUAUUUAUAUUUUUGUAAGUAAUAAUAAUGCAUUUUAACAUAUGUGCUAUGGAUAUUAUAAUGCUUACAAAAUAUAUGACUCAUAAACUUUUAAUUGAAAUAAUUUUGUAAAUCAGA